GGCAAAUUGAGGGAUUGCUGCAGUCAUGAGGAGGAAUGAUCUGAGGCGAGGGAGAGCAGGAAACGAGAAAAAAGCGGCUUGGGUCACCCACAACAGGGUCGGAAUUGUGACUGCUGAAAAACAAUUCCACCAUGUUUUUUGAAAGGCAACCCUUGCCGUCCCCAGCUUGCCUUAUUUUUGUCCUUUUCCCCCCAAUGUCAAUGUACAGAGCUCUCGCUACUUCGACUAUCAAGCAGUCUCUUGCAUACAGCAGACCAUCAGCAGUCCUUCUGAAGUCCAACCCCCAGACUGUGUCUGUCCGUCAUAAUUCCGUUUUCAAAGCCUUUGUGGAAACCAUUAAAGAUCAAGUCAAGAAGAAUAAGGACUUGCAGCAAGGAGUUAAAUCUCUCCAGGAUGAAUCUGGAAAGGUUUACGAUAGUGAAGCUCUCAAGAAAGCCAGAGAAUUGUAUGAGAAGACUGCUCAAGGUGUAAGCUCAGAAACAUUCAAGCAGGCUUCCGAAACAAUCGGCAAGCAUGCCGAAAAGGUUGGCAGCACUGUCAACAAAGCAUGGAAAGAAGCUUCUGAAGCUGAAUUCGUCAAAGAGGCCGCAGAAAAGUAUAAGAAGGCCAGCGAAGAAAUUAACAAGGCCGCCGACCCUCUUAAGAAAAACCCCGUGGUCGGCAAGAUUUCCGAAUCAUUCCAAACUGUUUUGAAGGAUGAGAGUGGGCGAUAUGGUGGUUUCGUUGACAAGGAAACCCGACGUAAGCUGCGUGAGGAGGCUUUGAAGAAAGAUCCCCUUGCCAAAGCAAAGCCUGUUGAGGAAAACCCCGAAGCUGGAGCUUCUAUGGUUAUCCAUAAGGACUCUGCCUGGAAGGAGAGCUGGAACAAGUUCAAGGAAGACAGUUCGUUUAUGCAAGGCAUUUUCAGCGCACGCAAAAAAUAUGAGGACUCUGACAAUGUGUUUGUCUCAUAUACCCGCGCCUUUACCGAUCGAUUGCAAGAUACCUUUGGCUCGAUUUUCGAGGAAUCCGAUCAAGCUCAGGCUAUCAAGGCUUUCCAGCAAGUCGACCGUACCUUCAACCUUGAAAAGUUCAUGAAGGAAGCUCGUGAAUAUAUUGUUCCCGAACUUAUGGAUGCCUACUUGAAGGGUGAUACCGAGACCUUGAAAAUGUGGUGUUCCGAAGCUACUUACAACGUCUUGACCGCCGUCGCUCAAGCCCAAACACAACAAGGCUUGAUCAGUGACUGCAAGAUCCAGGAUCUGCGUGAUGUCGACCUUGUUACUGCCAAGAUUUUGGACAAUGAUAUCCCCGUUCUUGUCCUUUCUUUCCGAACCCAGGAGGUUGUUUUGUUCAGAAAUGCUAUUAGCAAGGAAAUCGUGUUUGGCAAGGAGGAUCAUAUUGAGCAAGUCACAUACGCAUGUGUUUUGACAAAGCAGGUCGAGGACCUCCAAAACCCUGUCACUGGUGGAUGGAGAGUCAUCGAUAUGGCCAAGCAUGACUCCAGACCUACCUGGUAAAAGCUUUUCAUCAAAAAAAAAAAAGUCAUUAUAGAAGAAGCCAAUCUGUAAUUUUACAAGCAUACACUGGUUGACCCCUUCCUGUUUCCUGCAAUGCUCUCAAAAUCCCAAGUGCCCCUUAUACAACUAGAGUUUAGACAAUUCCACAUCCAUCCGUUUUUUUUUCUUUAUUACUCUUUCCCUACCACAAAUUAUGAAAGGCACCGUCGCCUGCAAAGUUCAUGUAAUAUAACGCUCUCCCGUACACCACCAAUUCUGUCGAUAUAUAUGAUUGUUGUUUACAUUGCGGAAGCCUACCAAUCAACGGAACGUGAGAUUGAAUCCCAU